UCCCGAUUUCCCCGCUGCAUUAUGUUAACACUCCCGUCCCCAAGGCCUCGCCUUGUGAGCUGCACUCCCUGUCUCAGUCUCCCCUUUAACUUUACCCUUUCCCCCAGAAUCGCUUUCCCACUGUUCAAUUCACACUCUCACUCAUCUCCUCCUCCUCCUUCCUUCCUUCCUUCCUUCCUUCCUCUUCCUCAGUCCUCUCUCCAAGGCCGAGCUGGGUCUCUCUCGGAAGCUGUAAAAAGGUAAGCUUUCUGCCGAGGAAACCCCAACUCUGCCCACUUGCUCCACUCCAACGGUCAAAAUUUUUGGCACCUUUCCUCGAGGGGAAGAUGAUUUCCCUGGUUCUUUUCCUGCUCUUGCUCUGCAACCCGUCUGCUCUAGUGAGCUCCUUGAAUGGUGAAGGCAAUGCUCUGUUAUCGUUCAAGCAGUCGAUUUACUCUGACCCAGAAGGGUCUCUCAGCAACUGGAACUCCUCCGACGAGACACCCUGUUCGUGGAAUGGGAUUACUUGCAAGGAGCAGAGAGUGGUGUCCUUUAGCAUUCCCAAGAAGAAGCUCUACGGGCUUCUAUCUCCCUCUCUCGGGUCUCUCUCCGACCUCCGCCAUGUCAACUUGAGGAACAAUAAGCUGUUCGGGGCGUUGCCAUUGGAGCUCUUUCAAGCUCGGGGGCUGCAAAGUUUGGUCCUUUAUGGGAAUUCGCUCUCCGGGUCUUUGCCAAACGAGAUUGGCAAGCUCAGCUACCUUCAGACUCUUGCUUUGUCGCAGAAUUCGUUCAACGGCUCGUUCCCCUCCUCGAUUUUCCAGUGCAAGAGGCUCAGAACCCUUGAUCUCGGUGAGAACAACUUCACCGGUCCUCUCCCGAGCGGGUUCGGGCCUAACUUGUUUUCUCUUGAGAAGCUCGACCUCUCAUUCAAUAGGUUCAAUGGAUCAAUUCCUGGUGAUAUAGGGAACCUGUCUAGCUUGCAGGGGACUGUUGAUUUGUCUCAUAAUAUGUUCAGUGGGUCAAUCCCUGCUAGCCUCGGGAACCUCCCCGAGAAGGUUUACAUCGACCUUACUUACAACAACUUGAGCGGUCCGAUACCUCAAAAUGGUGCUCUCAUGAACAGAGGGCCAACUGCAUUUAUCGGUAAUCCCGGGCUAUGUGGCCCCCCAUUGAAGGACCCCUGUUCGGAUGCUGUGGCCUCUCCUUCCUCAUACCCGUUCUUGCCGAGCAAUUACCCUCCUCAGAACCCGGAUGAUUCAUCAAGAAAGAGUGCAAAAUCUCGAGGUUUAAGCAAGAGCGCUGUGAUCGCCAUAGUAAUUGGUGAUGUGAUCGGGAUUUGCCUUGUGGGGUUGCUCUUCUCGUACUGUUACUCACGCGUUUGCGCCUGUGGUAAGGAAUAAUGAGAUGAGAAUUAUUAUGGAUUGACAAGGUCGGAAGGCCAGUAAGAACCGUGCUUCAGAAAGACUCAGAGACCUUGCUCUGAUGUGGUGCAAGUGCUCCAGCAGUGCUGCUUUGAUCUCGAUGAACUGCUCAAAGCGUCUGCAUUCGUUCUAGGGAAGAGUGGGAUAGGGAUCGUGUACAAAGUAGUGCUCGAAGGUGGACUCACUCUAGCUGUGAGAAGAUUAGGAGAAGGUGGGUCUCAGAGGUUUAAGGAGUUUCAGACUGAAGUGGAAGCAAUAGGAAAGUUGAGGCACCCGAAUAUUGUCACUCUUCGGGCAUAUUACUGGUCCGUCGACGAGAAGUUGCUAAUUUACGACUACAUUCCUAAUGGAAGCCUCGCCACUGCACUUCAUGGAAAAGCGGGAAUGAUAUCAUUCACCCCCUUACCAUGGUCAGUCCGACUGAAAAUCAUGAAAGGAGUCGCCAAAGGUCUGGUCUAUCUCCAUGAGUUCAGCCCCAAAAAGUACGUCCAUGGAGAUCUGAAGCCGAACAACAUCCUCCUUGGACAAAACAUGGAGCCUCGUAUAUCUGAUUUUGGUCUCGGCCGCCUUGCUAAUAUUGCUGGUGGGUCGCCUACCCUGCAAUCCAAUCGGAUGGCUCCUGCCUCAGACCAGAAGCCCCAAGAGAGACAGCAGAAGAGCACAUCCUCGGACGGUGCCACCGUCGUAUCAUCAGCUUCCCUAGGAUCUUACUACCAGGCUCCCGAGGCACUGAAGGUUGUAAAGCCAUCCCAGAAGUGGGACGUGUACCCGUUCGGGGUAAUAUUACUGGAGAUGAUCACAGGGAGAUAUCCAAUUGUUCAGGUAGGCCCUUCGGAGAUGAACAUAGUCCAAUGGAUUCAGCUCUGCAUUGAGGAGAAGAAACCGCUAUCCGAUGUGCUGGACCCGUACUUGACUGAAGACUUGGACAAGGAAGAGGAGAUUAUCGGAGCUCUAAAAGUUGCAAUCGCCUGUGUCCAUGGGAGCCCUGAGAGGAGGCCCACGAUGAGGCAUGUAUCCGAAGCCCUCGAGAGAUUAGCCAUAUCAACCGACUGAGACCCAUUAAAAACAAACAGGUCGAUUAGCGAAAGAAUGAUGAAUAAACGGGCAUCAGAGUAAGAUGGGGUAUCUUGUACAUUUGCAGAAAGGGUGUAAUUGGUGAGGGAGGCAUGCAAGUUCUUCUUGUUUCAUCACUGAGGAAUCUUCCAUGUUCUUGUUUUAUUGUCUUCUUCUUUGCAUGAGGCUGAGGGAUAGGGUUCUUAGGGCAGAGAGAGGUCACUAUUGCCAUGAUCAGAACAAAGAGCUCGUGAGAAUUUCAUUCUUCUUCUUUUUUUUUUUCCUUAUACAUGUGAAUCCGGGAUGAGGCAGGGCCUUUUGUCUCUUCUUGUUGUUUUGUGCUGCUGUUUGUAGCUGUAGCUGCUGUUCUCUAGUCUAUGAAGGUGAUUCCAUUGUUUAUUA